UUGGCGCUUGACAGCUAACUAGCAUUAGCAUCACUGUGGGUACCUGAGGAGGAUUCCACCGUAAUAAACCAGUAUAAUGCAGAACCAGUGCGCGGUGCCGACCUGUACCAGUGGCAAACCCAACCCACAGCCACUCUUCAGGUUCCCGCAGGAUCCAGAGAGGUCCAAGAAGUGGGUUGAAAAAUGCCAGAAGCAAGAACUCCUAGACAAAUCACCAGACCACCUGUACAGAUACUACAGACUUUGUGGAAAACAUUUUGAAACAUCUUUGGUCGAUAGCAACGCUCAGAGUACAGUGUUGAAGGAUGAUGCCAUACCAACUAUCUUUGAUGUACCAAGCCAACCUCAGAAUGGACCGGUCAAGCGCAGUAUAGAGACGACCAAAGAUGAUGAAAAGGACAGCAAGGGGAGUAAAAAAAUCAAAAAGUCUCAAGCAGACACCGCUAAGACAGAUGUUGAGACAUUCCCAGAGGAAGAGGAAUACAAAGAGUAUGUCAAGUCAUUAUUUGAAGUUCUUGCACUGCUGGGAGAGCAAAGCAUUCCUCCAAUGGGGCCUGGUGAUGAUAAACAGGAUGGCCUUGGGUCAAGCAACUUUCAGGCAUUGUUGGAUUAUCGCAUGAAUUGUGGAGAUGAAGCCCUCAAGAAGAGGCACGAUGUGAACAAGGAGUGCUGCUCCCCGGCUCAGCUGAAUCAGUUGAUUGAGGUGUGCGAGAAAUGCAUCCGCAGUAAGCUGGUGGAGGAGGUUCAACUGAAUGGCUAUUUCUCAUUGCUUACUGACGACUUGGUGAAGAUCUCAGGAGAAUGGUACCUCCCUGUCUUUCUGCGCUACGUGGACCAGUCUAACUGCCAGCGGGAGAGGUUUGUUGGAUUCUUGUCCUUUGAAGGAGACGGAGAUGCCUUGGCAGAGAAACUGCUGUCUGAAAUGACUGAAGAAUGGGGCUUAGAUAUGAAGCAGUGUAGAGGCCAAGCCCACUCCUGCUCUGGGACACAUUUUGGUAAAAUGAAAAUAUUUGCUGCCAAACUGAUGGAGAGGUUCCCAACGGCGGUGCUUACACUGAGAUCUACUCGAACAUUGAACCUGUCACUGGCACAUGGUAUGGCUUUGUCAGGGGUUCAGCUUGUCUUGGCCACCUUGAAGAAGAUCGAGUCUUUCUUCGGUCAGUCCCCUUUACUGCAGUUGGAGUUGGAGCACGCCAUUUCGAUUUUCUACCCGGACAAAGAGGAGAAGGCCAAGGAACUGAAGGAGAUCUGUGGAACCCGCUGGACUAGAUGCCAAGAUGCGUUUGAGGUGGCGGUGGAAAUCCUUGAGGCGUUACUACUCUGCGUGGACAGCGUUCAUGACAAUGAGGACAUGAGGUGGAACGAUCAAGUCACACACAACGCCUUAGAGAUUUCAAAAGCACUGGCUGAUUUUGAAUUUAUUAUGGCGCUGGUCGUGCUGAAAAACGUCCUGUCACUGACGCACGCCUUUGGGAAGAACGUGCAAGGGCAAGCAACGGAUGCCCACUUUGCUACAACCAGUUUAAAAGCUGUACUGCACACCCUGAAGGAAGUGUCUGACAACAUCGACGUGUAUCAUGAGUUCUGGAACGAUGAGGCCGUCAACCUAGCCGCCGCGAUGGAGAUCCCAGUUAAGGUUCCUCGGUCAUUCUUGAGAAAGCACCAGCUAGAAUCUGGAGCCAUACGGCCAGAGAGUCACUACAAGGAGCACCUGUCCGUUCCAGUGUUGGAGCACGUUAUCAAAGAAAUUACAGAAAUCUUCUGCGAGGACCACCUGAAGGUUCUGAGAUGUCUGUCACUGGUCCCUACUGUCAUCGAGCAGCACAAGUCUACGAAACCCGAGGAAGAGAGUGUGCAAGUGUUUAAAGACGACAUCCCUUCUGCAGGAACCCUCUCCGCUGAGCUGCACUGCUGGUGGGUUAAAUGGAGCAAAAAGGGCAAAGGCGAGACCUUCCCGUCCAAUCUCCAUGAGACGCUGCAGCUGGCAGAUGUCAAGUUCUUCCCAAACAUGCUUGCAGUUCUGAAGCUGAUUGGCAUCCUGCCCACCGUGGCUCUGGCAGAUGGCUGCGAUGUGGCAUACGAGAGCUUACAGAUGUACAUGGAGAACACGCCCGAGAAAUUCAAAUCAAAGAGUCUCGCUCUCUUGAACAUGAACUAUGAUGUUGGUUUUGACCUGGACUCAAUGGUUGAGGUCUACAUGAAGACCUACCCGGAAAGGGAGGAUGUGUCUUAGUCAGUUGUGAUAUGGUAGCUAAUAUCCAUAGCUACGUUAAUGUACUAUCUGGCCCUCAUUCUGAAUUAGCAUCAUUUGUAUGCUGUUUUGUUUUUUGUGAUUAAAAAUGCAGAAUGUAAAUGAAUAAAAAGUAUUUUUUUUUUCUAUUUUUGUCCUUAAUGCUGUUUUCAUGUAAUGUUUUUGGGAUUGUUGAGUUCAUGGUGAGUUGGAGAUCAGGACAAAGUAGUGUGAGAUUAAAGUCUCCUCCUGUGAAUAAGGCCCACAAUUCUCAACUACACCCAUGCUCUAUCACUAUCCAUCUUGCUUGUUGGGUAUUAUAUCUGCAAAUGGAGUGUUUGCUUGUGACUAAACAGCCAAAUUCCCAUCUGCUCUGAGACUCAAAUUUCCACCAUAGUGUUUGGUGUUCAUGAAAUCUGAUAUGGUUGAAGACUAAAACCAUUUGGACCACUUACAAUGUUUGCUGCAGUGGAGAAAUACUAAUAAAAUGCCCUUUCAGCCAUUCCUCCUCCACUGCAUAUACCAAGUUACAUUUUUGAGUUGAAUUGUUUCUUGUUGCCUUCCAUUUUCUUUAGGAGGUUGUUUUCCGAGGGAAGUUGUUAUCUUUAUCUGUUGAUUUUUUCUUCUUUUAUGAAAUGUGGCGUAACGACAACCAAUCAUCUGCAGCUAAAUAAUUGUGUGAAAUACACUUUAUGUGCCGACUACUGCCAGGGUUUAGAAAAUAAAUAAUCUUUCUUUUGUAUAAUAAAGCCA